UAAUGAGGGUGAAGAUAUUUGGGUUUGCAAAAUCGUGAAGGAAAAUGGUAAAAAAUGUGGCAAAGAAUACAAGAAUGUCAGAAGUUCAACGGGAAAUCUCAUUACGCAUCUUAGAGACAGCCAUGAAAUCGUUUUACAGGACAAAGAAGUUGUUAAAAAAUGUGAAGAAGCAAUUCUUAAAUGGAUAUUACUUACAAACCAGCCUCUUUCUACAGUUACAAAUGAUGUAUACAAGGAAAAAAUGGCUGAGUUCGAUCUCUCCUUUAUUAUGCCAGAAGAAAAAAAAAUUAGAACUAUGAUUAUUAAAAGUUACAAAUAUAAUCAAGAAAUUUUAAAAAAUCUUCUUACCCAAAUGGCAGAAAACGUUUCUCUUACAAUGGAUUUUUGGUCUAACAUUAUGUUAGAAAAUAAAUAUGUUCCUUCACCACACUCCAGUAGGAUCAUUGCUGAUAAAAUUUAUAAGUAUAUUGAAGCUUGGAAUCUUAGACACCAUAUUACAUCAAUUACUACCGACAAUGGAUCAAAUAUG